CAGUAGCAGUAGGGAAUCUUGAUAAAAGGACAGUGGCAGUGCCUUUUCCCUCUAUUCUCACUCUUGCUUUCCGGCUAAUCUCAGUCUAUUAUCUCUGCUUUCACACAAACCCAGCCAGAGAGAGAGAGGUUUCGAAAUCGAAGAUGGCAUUGAGCUCCAAAAGAUGCGGUGGGUUCCCUGUAUUUUUUCUGCUUCUACUCGUUCACUCAGUUACCGCAUUUGUUGAAGACGGCCUACUUCCCAAUGGCGAUUUUGAGGCCCCUCCACCAGGAGGAUUCUCCUCAGAAGCAGGAAUUUCUGAGGGCAUGGCUACAAUCCCCAGCUGGAAAUCCAACGGCACAGUCGAACUAGUCGAAUCAGGCCAAAAACAGGGCGGAAUGAUCCUCAUCGUACCGCAGGGUGCACACGCUGUGCGGCUCGGUAAUGACGCCGGAAUUAGCCAAGAAAUUGCCGUCGAAAAGGGCUCACUUUACUCAAUCACAUUCAGCGCGGCUCGAACUUGCGCCCAAUUGGAAUCACUCAACGUUUCGGUCCCGCCGGCGUCGCAGAACAUUGAUUUGCAGACUCUGUACAGCGUUCAGGGCUGGGAUUCUUACGCGUGGGCCUUUCAGGCAGAGGAGGAUAAUGUGCGUGUAGUGUUCAGGAAUACGGGUAUGGAGGAUGAUCCCACUUGUGGACCCAUUAUUGACAAUAUCGCUAUAAAGAAGCUUUUCGUUCCCGAUAAAGCUAAAGAUAAUGCAGUUGUUAAUGGUGAUUUCGAAGAAGGCCCUUGGAUGUUCAGAAAUGCUUCACUUGGUGUUUUACUUCCCACCAACCUGGAUGAAGAGACAUCCUCAUUGCCCGGUUGGAUAGUUGAGUCAAACAGAGCUGUACGCUACAUUGACUCGUACCAUUUCUCUGUCCCAGGAAGCAAACGCGCCAUUGAACUGCUUUCUGGAAAGGAAGGAAUUAUAUCGCAAAUGGUUGAAACCAAGCCUAAUAAACCUUACAGAUUGACGUUUUCAUUAGGCCAUGCCGGUGACUCCUGCAAGCGGCCACUGGCCAUCAUGGCCUUUGCUGGUGAUCAAGCCCAAAACAUCCAUUACACUCCGGAUUCCAACUCCACUUUUCAGUCAGCUAAUCUCAACUUCACGGCCAAGGCCGAGAGGACACGUGUUGCAUUCUACAGUGUUUAUUACAACACAAGAACUGAUGACAUGAGCUCUUUAUGUGGUCCAGUGGUGGACGAUGUGAGAGUAGAACAAUCAGGGUGUAACCGCAUUAACCCCAGAUUUUUAGGGUUGAUUUUAGUUUUGGGUAUUUUGCUGUUAAUUUGAUUUCUUGUUUAGAUUUAAGGUUGUGAUCUGGUUGAGGUGUAAUAUUACUUGAUGUUCAUGUGCUGACAGGUAGUGUGGUAAACCAACUUUCCUGUCUUGGGUCAAUGUUAAGGGUUUUGAUUUCACCAUGACAAAUGUAAUGCUAGUAAAUUUGAAUGGAGUUUUGAUUAAGCAGUUAAUCCCA